AUGGAGAAGCUCAUUGUAGGGCGAAAUCUUAUAACCAGCAGUUUGAGCUUACGCUAUCUUUUAUCGCAUGAUGUCGGUUCAAGGAAAGGAAGGAAAGAAAUUAAGAAGGUCACGCAAGGGCAAAGCAUGGAGAAAAUUCAUUGUGAAAUCUCGCUUUUAUGGAGGUACGGGCUGUGCUCCACUUUUUAUCAUCAUCAUCAUCAUCAUAUGAUUGCUUCAAAAAAAAUUUCAAAUACUAGCAAUGGAGAAAUUAACAUUGUAACACGGUCAGCAUUAACCGACCUUACAGCAGCUGUUGAUGCAUAA